AUGGUGCACUUUGACCCUAAGAAGCACACAACUUCUGACGUCGUCCGCGCUGCCAUUAUUCCGGUGAGCAAAGUGACCCCCUUCGGAAGCUGCGCCUAUUCAACUCUGGCAGAAGCAAACAAGCCGGUGCUGGCCACAGUAAUGGUUUCACAUCACUGGCGAAAUCUGUUUUGCCAUUUGGUGGCUGCGUUGAUUUCCUAUGCUUUGGGAGAGACAAGCUAUGCUUCGACAGUUGCAGCUUUGGAGGAGAAAGACUUCGAAGGUUUACGGCAUCAGCUCGAUCGGAGGGAUGCCCUGCAUAUGACUUUUUGGCUCUGCCUCUUUUGCGUGAACCAACAUGCAAGUAUUUGCGGCAGUCUACCCUCCGCUCCGGUGGUGAAUGCAGAGUCGCAGGAUGAGCACGCGAAGGCGGUUGAGUACCAUCACCGAGAGACACAUGACCCUGUGACCGGGCAACAGUUUGAAGUCUGCAGCUGUGGCGCAACAAAGCAUUGGAACAAUUCAACGCUCUGCGAAAUGGACAAGUUUGAUGCCAUGAUGGCGGUGCUCGACAAGGAGGUGCCUGGCGCUGUCCAGCGGAAGCUAAGCCACAUCAUUGUGGUGGAUCAAGCUUUCGAAGUGUUCUCUCGGAUUUGGGUCAUGGCAGAAAUCGCGAAGGGGCAGGAGUUGGAGCUGAAUCAGGUGGCCAUGCUUUUUCCACCUCCACAGAAGCUGCAGUGUAAGGCAAGCCGGCAAGAGGAUGUGGAUGCAAUCCUCUCCUCCAUUCCAGAUGUGGAGAAAUUCAACGAGCAACUGAAAGCCAUUCUUUUUAAUGAGAGUUCAGGCAUUCUUGAGACCUGGAGUGCAGAGCGAUGUGCUGGAUUCUUUGAUGUCAUUGAUCCGCUGAAAGAACUUGUGGAGCGUGAGCACUGGAGUGCUCCACAGGUCAUCAUGUUAGGUCAAGAAAGCACCGGAAAGUCUACUCUCUUGGAAAGAUUGACUGGCUUGCCCAUCUUUCCUAGAAAUGCAGAUCUUUGCACCCGUUCUCUGAUCAAGGUAUGCUUGAGGAGGGGGCCUACACGAAAGCUGAAGCUUCUUGUACAAGACAUUUUGACGCAGCGCUUUGAUGACGAGGGGUCAGAAAUUGAUUUGGAGGAGCUAGGUGAUGAAGUGAUGAAGGAAAUGACUCGGCAAGUCCGACUGGAAUCCUUACGACAGGAAGUGCCGGACAAGGACGCGGAGUACUACUCUGCCGCAGUAAGCGAGAAGCCCCUACAGCCCUCCGAUGGACUGUGCACAAAGAAAGCUUUGGUCAUAGAACUCAGCUCACCAAAGGCCCCAAAUUUAGAUGUCGUAGAUUGUCCCGGUUUGGUGGCGGCAUCGGCUAGGGGGCGACCAGCAGAUGUCGCGCAGGAGACAGCUUCUCUGGUGCGGACUUUCGCUAAGAAGCAUCGCAACUCUGCUUUGUUUGUAGUUGCAGUUAAAGCUUCAGAGCAGCCUAACAACUCUCUAGCUAUGCGCCUCGUCCAAGAGCUUGGGCUUGAGAGCAGAGCUCUCGGUGUGUUGACUAUGACAGAUGUGUUGACUGGCGACCUGACAGACAGAGAGACAACUCUGCAUACAACCUUUCUGAAACACCACGGUCCUCGGCUUCUGCAACUGCUGCGUGGAGCAACAGAUGCUGGAGGCGGAGUUCCUCUUGCGCUGGGCUACACACUGACUGCUCUGAAUGACAUCCAUGAAGAUAGGGGUUGGUUGAGCCUCUCCCGAGUAGACGCCAUGGCGCAGUGGGAAGUCCAGUACUUCAAGCAACUUGCUACGCAAUGGGUGGCAGCCGCAAGAGCUUCAGUUCAGAGUGACACUCUGGAUGAGCAGUUCUUGCUUCAACGCUGUUCUUGCAACAGUCUCUGGCGUCAUAUCAAAGAUGCCGUGGACAACUUUGUCCGUGAUAACUGGCUAAGCGACACUGUAAGGCUAGCUCAAGAACAGGAAGCUUUGACAGCAAGCCGCGAACAGUCUUUGGGACUGCCGCGAGCCAUGGCAUUGCACCACAUUGCAGAACUUUGUUUUCAAAGCGACCUUCUGCCGGCCUCGCUUCGUGCCGUAGCCACUUUCGCUGAAGAGGAUGCAGCUGUAUGCCCCGGUGAUAAGCUGAGCAAGUUUGGAUACAGAGCUCUGUCCAGUCCAAAGAUUCCGGAGAUAUUUGCAAAUCGCAUUCAGGCAAUCUUACAAAGGGUUCUUGCAAGUCCGUGGCGAUCCGAUGGUUUUUUUCAUGAGUUGCUGCUUCGCCUUGAAGACGACAUGUUACAUGUCAUCCCCGAGGCAGUUACGCUCGGGCCGCCAGGGAACGGACGAGUCUUUGACUGGCCAAAUCAUUUGGAAAGCUGCUUGCGCCAAGUUGAGCAGCAGCUGCUCCGCGCGGUGCUCGAGGUGAAAACACAUGUGCAAUCAAAGCUGGAUGCCGCUCUGCAGGAAGACAAAACACCCGAGCGCAUUGGACGAUUAAGUCUUGCCAUCGCAUCUUUCAAACAGCUGUUCUGGCAAGACAUCGGCCUGCAUGAAUGCCUACCAGGCAAGGUGCUGUUUGCUACCUUUCCCCUGAAAGGCAUCCGCGAGGCGCUAGGAAUUGCGGAUUCCCUCGAAGCAUGCCCAUUGGUUCGUGUGGAGCGCCUGGCACCAGCCUUCACUUUCUCAUUGAAGUUGGAUGCAAAGCAGAUUACCAAUCGCUGCAGUCUUCAUUUCCACCGUUUCCUUGAGGAUUUGAUCAUUCAGGGAGAGCAGGCUCCUCAGAUAUGCAAGAGAUUGCCUGAGGACUGCUGGAUUGAGGACUGCACAGAAGAACGACUGAAGCUUCUGUGUCAUUUGCAGAAUUUGCGUUUGGCACAAGCUCGUCUCAAGGAUGCUUUUGGUGAGGAGCAUUUUGAGAAGGCGGCCGCUUGUGCAAACAGUACACAAGGCAAUGCUUUAGAACCGGAUGCAAGGAAGAAAGCGGCUGCAGCAGAAACUGUGACCCGUCGCAGUCAUGAAGAAGUGAGAUCAGUCGUUAGUUCAUGGAGAAACUCCCUUCAUGCGCGGGCAGCGGAUUUUUUCUCCUCUGCAGCUGAACUUGACUCGGUGCUAGAGCAAGUUGCGGAGAACACAGAUGCUGGAACUGACUUCCUGCAAGGAGACGGUGAUGUACUUUGGCGAGGUGAGUGUUCCGGGUCCGAGGCGUUUCUGUGGAUAAAGCGCGAUAAUGCAUCCGACACACAAACCUACGUCAAUCGGGUGUUGGCUGCACUGUUCAUAGAUGACGAGUCCUUCGAUCGAUUGUCCACGCUGCCGAAGGAACCCUUCAAAAUGACUUGUGGCAAUCAGCGCUGCAUCAAUCUUUUGCACCUUGAUGUGCCGUAG